CACAGGUUCAAGAUGUACAAUCCUUAGGAUUUGUAACAGAAUCACCUUUACCAUUAAGCCAAGAGCUCUUGAGUGAAAAUAUGAAAACUCUUCAUAUAUUGAAGGACCCCAGUUUCAUAGCAUGCAGUCUAUGAAAUUGGCCUCAGAACUACAAUUUCAAGCUGUGAAGUCUCAGGAACUGAGUCUAGGGCCAAGGCAGCAAGAUGUCAAAUUUUCUGAAUUGACCUCAGGGCCAAAACUUCAAGGUGUCAAAUUUGGGGAGCAAACCCCAGGAUCAGUGUUUAAUGGUGGAAAUUCUGUAGAGAUGACUCCAGAAUUAGCACUUCAAGAUUCUAAAUUAGCAAAGACAUCUCCAGGGCUUCAAGAUAUAAAACAGGUAGGGCUUACCCUAGGGCCAUGGUUACAAGAUGUCAAAUUUUGUGAUCUGACAUCAGGAACUCAACCUCAAUGUGUGAAAUCUUCAGAGUUAAUCUCAGGGCCACAACUACAAUAUGUGAAAUUUUUUGAGUUGACCCCAAACCCAAAGAUGCAGGGAGUAAGAUCUGUGGGGUUGUCCCCAGGACCUCAAAAGCAAGUGGUCAAGCCUGAUAGGCUAGUACCAGAGACACUGUUUCAAGGUGUAAAAAAUUUAGGGGUGGACCAAAUGUCCAACAUGGAAGGUAACAUUUCUUAUAGAAUUGUCUUCCAGCCAGAGAAACCAGAUGAAAAAUCUAUGGGGUUGACUCCUGAGUCACAGUUGCCAAGUGUAAACUAUUCUGAGUUGGCUAGAAGAACACAGUUACAAGGUAUAAAAUCUUCUGAACUGAUCCAAGGGCAAGGUGUGGGGGGUAUGAAACCAAUGGAGCUGACCCCAGACUCAAAACUUCAAAGUGUCAAAUCUGAGUUGUUGACCUCGGAGCUGAACGAUGUGAAAUCCGUGGUCUUAACUACAGGACAGGGUCUAAAACGUACGGAAUCUACUUUGCUAACUCCUAGUCCACAGUACCCCGUGUUUAAAGCAUCAAAGUUUACAAUCUGUAGAGGAAACUCCAGAUUCAGAGCCGCACUGUGCAAAAUCUGUAAAGUUGACCCCGAGGCUAAACAAGCAGGAAGUAAAAUCUGUGAAAGCGACCAGAAGAUCAAAGUUUGA